AACCGGAUUCCGCCUUCCCCAUCGUUGCCUUGUGGGAGAACCGGCAGCGUGGAGGAACACGGGGACGCACCAGCCGAGAGCGAGCAGCUGUCAGGGGCCGGCGCCGGGGUGACGAGGCGCCAUGACGGAACGAAAGGGGACAGCCAAAGUGGACUUUCUGAAAAAGAUUGAAAAGGAUAUCCAGCAGAAGUGGUAUGAUGAGGGUGCAUUUGAGAUUAAUGCAUCAGAUGCCGCAAGCCAAAAAAGCAAUGGGAAGUACUUUGUCACUUUUCCGUAUCCAUACAUGAAUGGCCGGCUUCAUCUGGGACACACAUUUUCUUUAUCUAAAUGUGAGUUUUCAAUUGGGUACCAGAAGCUGAAAGGAAAAAACUGCCUAUUCCCCUUUGGACUACACUGUACUGGCAUGCCUAUUAAGGCAUGUGCGGAUAAAUUGAAAAGAGAAAUGGAACUGUAUGGCUGUCCACCAGAAUUCCCGGAUGAAGAGGAAGAUGACGAGGAGGAACCAAAGGGGGAAGAAGUGGUCAUCAAAGAAAAGGCUAAAGGCAAAAGGAGUAAGGCCCUUGCUAAGAAGGACUCUUCAAAAUACCAGUGGGGAAUCAUGAAAUCUUUAGGACUCUCGGAUGAAGAAAUAAUGAAGUUUGCUGAGGCUGAGCAUUGGCUUGAUUACUUCCCACCACUGGCCAUUCAGGAUUUAAAGAGUAUGGGAUUAAAGGUGGAUUGGAGGCGUUCCUUUAUUACUACGGAUGUCAACCCCUAUUAUGACUCCUUUGUACGGUGGCAGUUUCUAACCCUGAGAGAAAGAAAUAAAAUUAAAUUUGGAAAACGAUACACUAUUUAUUCACCAAAAGAUGGACAACCAUGCAUGGAUCAUGACAGACAGACAGGAGAGGGUGUUGGACCUCAAGAAUACACUCUAAUCAAACUGAAGGUGGUGGAGCCAUAUCCUGUGAAGUUAAGUGGACUUAAAGGAAAGAAUAUCUUUUUGGUAGCUGCCACCCUCAGACCAGAGACCAUGUUUGGGCAGACAAACUGCUGGGUUCGCCCUGAUAUGAAGUACAUUGGCUUUGAGACCCUGAAUGGGGAUAUUUUUAUUUGCACUCAGAGAGCUGCCAGGAAUAUGGCCUACCAAGGCAUCACUAAAACCAAUGGAGUUGUGCCUGUUGUGAAAGAGCUAAUGGGAGAGGAAAUCCUUGGAGCUGCAAUCUCCGCCCCUCUGACAUCGUACAAAAUAAUCUAUGCACUUCCCAUGUUGACUAUUAAGGAAGACAAAGGUACUGGGAUAGUGGCAUGUGUCCCCUCUGAUUCCCCAGAUGACAUUGCAGCCCUGAGGGACUUAAAGAAAAAGCAGGCUUUGAGAGUAAAAUAUGGGAUAAAAGAUGAAAUGGUCCUGCCCUUUGAACCAGUGCCCAUCAUUGAGAUCCCAGGCUACGGCAGCCUUUCUGCCCCAUUGGUCUGUGAUGAGCUGAAAAUCCAGAGUCAGAAUGACAGAGAAAAACUUGCAGAAGCCAAAGAGAAACUGUACCUGAAAGGAUUUUAUGAAGGGAUAAUGCUUGUGGAUGGAUUCAAGGGCAAGAGGGUCCAAGAUGUCAAGAAGACUAUUCAGAAGAUGAUGGUAGACAAUGAUGAAGCAAUUAUUUAUAUGGAGCCAGAGAAACAAGUCAUAUCUAGAUCUUCUGAUGAGUGUGUGGUGGCUCUUUGUGAUCAGUGGUACUUAGAUUAUGGUGAAGAAAAGUGGAAGCAGCAGACUCAUGAAUGCCUGAAGAAUCUUGAGACAUUUGGUGAAGAGACAAGAAGAAAUUUUGAAGCUACUCUGGAUUGGUUACAAGAACAUGCCUGUUCAAGGACCUAUGGAUUAGGUACUCGUUUGCCUUGGGACGAGCAAUGGUUGAUAGAAUCUCUCUCUGAUUCUACUAUCUACAUGGCCUACUAUACUGUUGCCCAUCUUCUGCAGGGGGGGCAUCUCAAUGGGCAAGGAGAGCCUCCAUUAGGGAUUAGGGCAAACCAACUGACCAAAGAGGUGUGGGACUACAUCUUCUUUAAGACAGCUCCCUUCCCUGCAACAAAAAUCCCCAAAGAAAAUUUGGAUAAGCUGAAGCAGGAGUUUGAAUUUUGGUAUCCAGUGGAUCUGCGUGCUUCUGGCAAGGACCUGGUUCCAAAUCACUUGUCGUACUUCCUUUAUAACCAUGUGGCCAUGUGGCCAGAUGAAAGGGGAAAGUGGCCUCGAGCAGUGAGAUCAAAUGGGCAUCUCCUCCUGAAUUCAGAGAAGAUGUCUAAAUCUACAGGCAACUUUCUCACAUUGAGUACAGCUGUGCAGAAGUUUUCUGCUGAUGGCAUGCGACUGGCGCUGGCUGAUGCAGGUGAUACAGUUGAAGAUGCCAACUUUGUGGAAGCCAUGGCAGAUGCCGGUGUCCUCCGCCUGUACACGUGGGUGGAGUGGGUGAAGGAGAUGCUUGCUAACUGGGACAGCCUGAGAAGUGGGCCUGCCACCACCUUCAAUGAUAAGGUCUUUGCCAGUGAAAUCAAUGCAGGAAUAAUGAAAACGGAUGAAAAUUACGAGAAGAUGAUGUUUAAGGAAGCUCUUAAAACUGGCUUCUUUGAAUUUCAGGCAGCAAAAGACAAGUACCGUGAACUGGCAAUAGAAGGCAUGCACAGGGACCUGGUGCUCCAGUUUAUUGAAUCACAGACACUUCUGUUAGCUCCGAUCUGCCCUCAUGUGUGUGAAUAUAUCUGGACAUUGUUGGGCAAGCCUCACUCCAUCAUGAAAGCUUCCUGGCCAGUGCCUGGCCCUGUGGAUGAAGUGCUCCUCCGCUCAUCCCAGUACCUCACUGAGGUGGCCCAUGAUCUCCGUCUGCGUCUUAGAAACUACAGGGCACCAGGAAAAGGGAAGAAGGGCAGUAAGGAGGUGCCUCAGAAGCCAUCUCACUGUACCAUAUAUGUGGCCAAGAGCUACCCACCAUGGCAGCACACCACAUUGUCGGUUCUGCGCAAGCAUUAUCAGGCCAAUGGAGGAGAGCUGCCAGACAACAAAAUAAUUGCCAGUGAACUCAGUUCCUUAGCAGAGCUGAAGAAAUACAUGAAAAGGGUUAUGCCGUUUGUUGCUAUGAUUAAGGAAAAUUUGGAGAAGAAAGGGUCACGUGUUCUUGAUCUGGAGCUGGAGUUUGAUGAACAGGCUGUGCUUAGAGAGAACAUCGUUUACUUGACAAAUUCCUUGGAGCUGGAACAUAUCGAGUUGAAGUUUGCUUCGGAAGGAGAUGAGAAGAUUAGAGAAGAUUGCUGUCCUGGAAAACCCUUCUGCACAUUCCGAGUAGAACCAAGUGUGUCUGUCUUUCUGGUGAAUCCUCAACCAGCAAAUGGCCACUUUUCUACAAAAAUUGAGAUCAGGGAAGGAGAUGGUCGAGAUGCAGUAAUCAGACGCUUGAUGAAGAUGGACAGAGGAAUCAAGGAUCUCUCCAAAGUGAGACUCAUGCGGUUUGAUGACCCCCUCCUGGGCCCUCGCCGGGUUCCUGUCCUGGGAAAAGAAGAUGCUGAGAAGUCUCCUAUUUUUGACCAAGCUGUCUUUCACAUAGACCUGGCAGAAAAGCGAGUCCGCCUGACUGAGAAUGGGCGGACAACCAGCAUUGGAGAUACACUUGUCUACUUGGUUAACUAGGAUUUUUCUUGAAGUUUGUCUAAACAUUGAUGAAUCUUUCAAUAACACUGGUAGCUUUCAAGUUAACUAUGAGAUGAGCUUGACUUCUUGGGGGGUGGGCAGUGGGGGAAAGAAACUUGUAGUUUAUCAGUCAAACUCUUGCAGCUUUCAGAUGUGGUUACAAUAAAUAUAUUUUCCAUCUC